CUCGCAUCGACAUGCCAGGCAGAGUCCGUAAACGAUCUCCCCUCAAAAAUAUCGACAGGUCGUACAUCGCCUUAGGCCUUGAAGGAUCCGCGAACAAGUUUGGAGCAGGCAUUAUCCGACAUGACCCUGACGGCUCGACGACGGUGAUGUCCAAUAUUAGGCACACGUAUGUCACACCUCCAGGAGAAGGGUUCCUUCCCAGAGAUACUGCGCAACAUCAUCGCGAAUGGGCCUCGACAGUAAUCAACGAUGCCUUGAAGAAAGCGGGUGUGUCCUUGCAUGAUAUCGAUUGUAUCUGCUACACGAAGGGCCCUGGUAUGGGGGCGCCGCUCGUCUCCGUUGCCCUCGUUGCGCGGACCCUGUCUCUCCUCUACAACAAGCCUCUGGUAGGCGUCAAUCACUGCGUUGGUCAUAUCGAAAUGGGGCGACAGAUUACAGGGGCACAGAAUCCAGUGGUAUUAUACGUAUCCGGAGGCAACACGCAAGUGAUCGCAUAUUCUCAGCAGUGCUAUCGCAUUUUCGGAGAGACGCUUGAUAUCGCCGUUGGAAAUUGUCUUGACCGGUUCGCCAGAGUCAUUAAUUUGAGCAACGACCCGAGCCCCGGGUAUAACAUUGAACAGGAAGCAAAGAAAGGAGAGCGCCUGCUUCCACUUCCGUACGCGACGAAGGGAAUGGACGUCAGUCUCUCCGGCAUCCUGACUUCCACAGAAGCGUAUACUAUGGAUAAACGGUUCCGACCGAACGGCCCGCGGGAUGAGGCGGACACGGACAUCAUCACACCGCAGGAUUUGUGCUUCUCUCUUCAAGAGACAGUAUAUGCAAUGCUCGUAGAAAUUACGGAACGAGCCAUGGCCCACAUCGGGAGCAAGGAGGUCCUCAUUGUCGGCGGUGUCGGUUGCAACGAGCGUUUACAGGAGAUGAUGGGCGUCAUGGCAAAGGAGCGUGGAGGAAAGGUAUUUGCCACCGACGAGAGGUUCUGCAUCGAUAAUGGCAUCAUGAUUGCCCAAGCCGGACUGUUGAGUUAUCGGAUGGGCUUCCAGACUCCCUUAGCGAAGAGUACAUGCACACAGAGGUUCCGAACAGAUGAAGUGCAUGUAGCGUGGAGAGCAUGAUGCACGGUGUAUUCACGCGACAGUGAAGACACAACCCCGCUUUCUCGAUUCUUUCCUUCACCAUUCACCAUCAAUUCUUCUGUCAAUUCUUCUAUCAAUAGGCUGUCUACGUCAAUACACAUUGUUAUAUAAUCAAGACCUGAUAACUACGAGAAGAUUGUAUCUGUAUGACUCUACAUAGAUCGCAAAAAACCGCUAUUCGUUCGUGAGAUAUGCUGUCCACGGCAGCCUAAGAGAUGAUUGCAUCUGAGUCAGCGCUGCGCGACAUUCGAGGAUACCAGCUUCCAGCCUGCGCUAUCCGACGCCUGCAUUUCUCCCUCCAACUUUUCAUAUCGAUCCCACCACCACUGGUUCACUUCUUCGUGGUCGCCGCCAGCUCCGGGCGGCUGAGUCCACGGUUUAUCGUUCAAAAUGUAGUGCAGACAUCGCACCUC